AUGAGCCAAUGCUCGCCCCUUGGUCCCACCUGGAAGCGAAACAGGUUAUUGGCCCUCCAAAACGACGAAAGACGGCUACACUCGCUCUUCACGGUCCCCGUCACGGGCAAUCGCCCCGGUAGUACCCCGAGCACAUGGGAAUCUGAGUACCACAUUGUCAUCGGCUACGGCACCCCGGUGCAGAACCUCACCAUGGGAUUCAACAUCGGGUCGGGUGGGCAAACAUUUCUCCAAUGCAAGCCAUGUGGAGACUCAACAUGUAACAUCCCAGCUUUCGACCAAUCCCAGUCUUCCUCCAUCGCCCCAGUCCCAUGUGGGUCGCCAGACUGUCCGCUCCAAAAUUGUACUACUGGAUCCACCUGCUCCGUCAUUGUGAAAGAUAAGGGCGUCGUGCAAUAUGGCGCUGCAGUGGUGACGGACACACUCACACUCUCGCAGUCGACACCAAUCACCACCCUGGAAAACUUCAGGGUCACAUGCCUCGAGAUGGGUGCUACUACGACUGACAGUUCAUCUGGCCUUCUCGAUCUUAGCAGGGACAAGCACUCUCUUGCGUAUCGAGCUCCUUCGGCUCCGGACACGAUGGCCUUCUCCUACUGCCUACCAUCUGAACUGUCGGUCGACCAGGGCUUCCUAUCCAUCGGGGCACCACGCCCUGAAGGCAACGUGAGCUACAUCGCCCUACGGAGCAACACAGCCCUUCCCAACAUGUACUUAGUUCGGCUCGCCGGUCUAGACCUAAGCAAUGGUGGUCCACACAUCCCGAUCCCUGCAGGUGAUGCAGUGAUCGCACUGCACUCCACAUUCACCUACCUGAAGCCGGAGACUUACGCGGCUCUCCGUGACCAGUUCAAGGCGCAAAUGGAACGCUACCCUGCAGCACCGCCCAUGGGUAUUCUCGACACUUGCUACAACUUCACUGGUCUAAGGUCGUUUGGUGCACCAACGGUGUAUCUCAGGUUCGACAAUGGGGUGAGCAUGGUCCUUGGUAUACCUGUGGCGAUGUACUUCCAGGAACGUGACAACCCCUUCUCUGUGGGAUGCCUCGCGUUUGCCUCGCCUGUGUGGUCCUUCCCUCCUGGGGUCUCGGCGGUCAUCGGCACCUUGGCACAGGAGGGGGCGGAGAUGGUGUAUGAUGUUCGUGCAGAGAAGGUUGGGUUCAUCCCCGGCCGCUGUUGA